GAGCCGAUUAAGUGUUGGCGCGCGCCUUGUUCUCAAAGUAGACUCAAACAUCCUGACUCGUGCUAUUCUGUUGAGAAACAAAACUAGUUAAUCCGCAUGAAUUAUCAGAGACGCCGUCGCUACACCACGCAUCAUCGAUUCUCCGUGAAUAAGGCCGUCGAUCCAUCUGGGACUAGACUCAAUAUAGAGACAUACCAAAGGGGGCACUACCACAAUAUGAGACGUGCACACGGAGAAUAGCCAGGGUGUUGAAGAGAACCCUGGUUGUAGCAUCAGAUGCGGUCAACACGUCAAGAAUCAGCUAAGGAAGCUGUAUCAGGGGGAAGUCAGAGAUUGAUACGGAGCAUGUCAGCUUACAUUCCCUCGAGUUCAUGAGAUUCAGAAUGUUAGUGUGUUAGUGUUAGAUAUUGUCUCAUCCCACUCUAUCGAGGGAGCUUCUGACAUCACUGCCCACCUCCCAGCAUGAACGUGCGUUGCGGUCUGGCCGCAGGUCGCAGAGAAGACAGUGCGCCAUGUCUUGAAGCCUCGUGCUACUGCUAAGCUUGAGAAACAUUACACAGAGACACCAUAUGGCCUUUGCUUCAUUACUCCGGGGAGGCUGGCCAGCGUUCUUUACGUGACCAGACACAACGUCAGGCUGUGCAUUGCCCUGAUACACUUGUGCCGCCGGCAGUUCCUUGUCUCCUCCAUGAUCGAUAUAUCUAUUGGACUUCUCGCUCGCCCUGAUGCUUUACAUACUUGUCAUGCAGAAUUUACUAGUCAAGACACUAAAUAGGAACCAAGGCUUGUAAGGCUCCUGAUCUUGUUUGCUGUCAAUGCAAUUGAUUACUGGAUCGACGAUUGACGAUUCUCUGUUUUCAGCAUUGUGAUGUUAUGCCUUCGCCAAUGCAAGCCUGGGGUAGCCUUGUCAGUUAAGGAAGCACGUAUGGUAUGCGUCAACAACUAUUGAAAGCAAGCCUAAUGAGCGAAAUAUCGACAUCAAUUGAGCUGUACCCAGCACCAAUUACACAUUCCCAUCUAAAUUACAGCGACUUUAUCAGCCCAGCCAGGCAUUGCAUGUGGAAGCAACAUGCCUAGAAAUCAAUGGACAAUGAUGGAUGCUCUUCAUGCUGAUCACCCACAUCAGCAAGAUAUCCGCAAACAAACGACGAACCACGACGUUGAAUAGGAACUGGAAAACUGACGAACGAUUUGCCGCAUUAACUCAGGUUCGCAGGACAUAUCGUGCAUCUUCCGAGAGCAUCAUAAACCAGAGUCUGCUGAAUACCGGUUAUCUAUUGGCUGUGAUGGGCUGAAUGGAUAUGUUUCUGCACUGGUCCUGGACGUGUUCGCUGGCAAUCACGAGCACAACAGACAGCCAAGCGGAUGGGGUGGUUGAGGGGAUCGACGGCUUAACUAAACCAGCCAGCCCUUGUAAGACCCUGAGGUGGAGUCCGGGUCUUGGUCUUGAAGGGUUAGGUGUUUCGGCGAAGCUGGAGCUGGACUUACUAGACUUGUCCUCUUGUAAACAGUGAGGCCAUGUCCAUGGCAAGGGUUGUGAAGCAUUCAAUGACUUUCGGUCGGUUGGUGAGACGGUUGAAGAUGAUCCAUCUUGGAGUUUUACUCGUCCGAUGCCUUGUGGCAACUUUCUUUGUCUGUCAAGCCAUUGCGGAUUCUCUUCUUCAUUCUUUUGGUAAAGGCCGUCAAAAUCCCGAGACUCUUCACUCAGACAGUGUAAUGCGUGACAUGGCUCGGACCGUACAACUCAUACCUUGGUACCGGGGGUACAAAGCAAGUCAAACCAUCGCACGUGCAGGAUUAUGGUGCAGCAUUCCAAGCCUCGAGACAUUCUGAAAGGGCCAUGCCGCCAUGGUUGUGUUACCAUCAGCAUGUGGCUUACCGCCGUGUUGCCCAUCCUAUACAGGUUGAGAAUGACCUGCAGAGCUCGGCGAUGUCUUCAGAUUGAUUUCGCUUGAUCUCGGAGUGUGCGAGAGGCGAGUUCUGCUGUGUUGUCUACAUAGGCUAUAGCAGAACUGCAACUGCACCACAUAGUAAGUAGCAGACGGUGGAGUAUCGAGAUGCACGACGUGCAGGCAAACGGGAUAGGCAAUAAUAUGCAGAGGACAUGAAGUGAAGGGGAUUGGCCAGAUGAACAUUUCGUGAUAUGUGAAUCCUACUGGUGCUUAUCUCGUCAUUGCCAC